UACGGGAGGCGGUGGUGCUGAUAAUAUUGUCGCCGGUCGGCGGUCGCGUACUCGCGUCAUCCAAACACUCCGAGUCCGUCGUCUUGCAUUAUUCAUUAGGCGGCUCGCGCUCCACUUUUUUUUCGUCGUCGUUUUUCCGUUUUUUUUCAGCUCCCCCCCGCACCGCGUCGUUCAUAGGCCGCGGGUCGUCAGUCGUAUCCGCCGCGUCGCCGGCCCAUGUACACCGAGUCUACACCGUCGUCAAACAGCAGCCGAAUCGUCGUCCGUCGUCCGUCGUCGUCGACGACCCACGUCCGUUACUGUCGCGCUCACUUGAUCCGCGUCCAUUCCCCCGUCUCGCCGCUGCAGUGCUGCACAGUCGACGGCCCGUCGACAUGAAUCCGUUCACCGAGCUGUUACACCGGGUCGCUCUGCUGGUCCUCACGCCGAAAUGCUACGAAGUGUUCUUCUACGAUUUGGAUUUCUUCAACGGUACUUGUAUAAGAUCUGCUCUCAGUAAAGGUCUUGGAUUUGGAAUAGUUGGUGGAUCUCUUUUAGUCAAACUUCCACAAGUUAUCAAAGUAUGGCAAAGUAAAAGUGCUGUUGGAAUUAGUUUGGUAAAUGUUUGCAUGGAUCUAUUUGCGGUCACGGCAAAUGUUGUAUAUAGCUAUUCUAGUCAAUUUCCAUUCAGUUCAUGGGGUGAUUCAUUAUUCAUAUUAUUCCAAACCCUACUAAUUGUAAUAUUAGUUUUCUAUUAUAACAUAUCCAAGAGGGCGGCUAGUGCUUUUGCAUUCAUUUAUUGUUCUUUAUUGUUUCUUCUCGUAUCUGAUAUUGUUCCAAAUUCCUUCCUUUGGAAUGCACAAUUUAUCAGCAUACCUUUAAUGUUUUAUGGCAAGAUGACUCAAGGUUAUGUGAAUUAUCAAAAUAAAAGCACAGGGCAAUUAUCAAUGGCUACGUGUAUUCUUUUAUUUUUGGGAUCAUCUGUACGAGUAUUCACGUCUAUACAAGAAACUGGAGAUAGCCUUUUAAUUUGGAGUUUUGCUUUGGCAUCUUUUGCCAACUUUAUAAUUGUUACUCAAUUUUACUGCUAUAAAUCAGGGUCACCUGUUAAAACUAAAAAAAAAACAAAAAAAAGUAAAAGAUCAUAAAUAACUUAAUUAACAGGCAUGCCAUUUGUAUUUAACAAUCACUUGUUUACAAAAUAAAAUAGUGUUGUAGUAGAUAACCAGGUUAUUGUCCAGUUUUUUUAGUAAAUCUUUUUAUAAUAACUUAGGUGAUUUCCAUAUAUUUCUUAUAUUGUUUCUAAAUCUAUUUCGAUAAAUUCCAUUAAUGUUUCAGUAAAUUCUGAUCAAAAUUAAUUUAAGAUAGAAAAUUAAUAACUUACUAUUCAUUAUAAUUCGUAUUUUGUAAGGAAGUAUUUGUAAAAUUUUAAUUUAUUCCUUAAAACCAAGUCACAGUUUUUAAUUUAAUUCAUGUGAUAAAAUAAUUAAAAUCCAAUAAAUAUUUUAUUGAAAUUUAUUCUAAGUGCAUUUGAAAAAUUAAACCAAUUAAUUGAAAAUAAGAUUUCCUUUUGUUUAAAUUAUUCAAUUUUAUAAUAUCUCCAUGAUUGUAAUUUAAUUUUAAUGUAUAGAGUACAAAAUGGUUUAUUAAAGUUAUUUCUUAUACCUAAUGGGUAUUAAAUGUUUGGGGAGAGGAUGUAUGUUUUAGGCAGAGAAUUAAUUUAACUAACCCGUCGUUGGUGUUGCUAUGAGUAUUUCGCUCACAAAAUUACCAUUUUUAGAACUACUUGUUUAUAUUUCAUUCGAUUUUGAAUUCUCCAUUGAGUUAUUUACAAAAAUGAUUAUGGAAAAACAUUAAAUGUUAUAAAUAAACUAACAAAGUUAUUAAGUCCAAUGUUGCUGUAUACGUAUAAAUACCGUGUAUUAUGUUGGAGUUGGGCUCGCUGCAGUGGCCGCACGUCACAGAUUUAUUUUAUCAUAUUAUCUUGAUAUUUUAUUAUGUUAUUAUGUAAUUCUAUUAUUAUACUUUAGCACAGUGGUGGCCAAACUUUUUUUACCUCUGGCCCUAAAAACAACUUUUUUUUUACCGCGGGCCAUAACAUUUUUUUUUUUACAUUAAGUCAUCAGAAUUUUAGGUAUAGGUAUAUAAUUUUAUAUUUAACGACGUUUUUAUUGUAAUUAAUAAUUUUAAUGACUUUAUUUAAUACUUAACUUAAUAAUUACUACUAAUGAAAGAAAAUUAAAUCAGCUUACAUUUCAAAAAAAAUUUAUACGGUAAUGCUAUUUAUAUUAUUAAAUGACACUGUAACAACAAAAACGCUACGAUAUGGCGAUACGGAGUUAAAUAUGAAUAAUGUAUACUGUAUUUUUAAUUUUAUUUUUACGUAAAUGUAAAAUAUUAUAUUAUACUUCUUUUGCGGGCCAGAUAUUAAAUGAUGGCGGGCCGUAGUUUGGCCACCACUGCUUUAGUAGUUCAAUAUUGAUAUUAGUCAAUAAUGCGGUAUAUUAAUUUGUACACCCACACGUGUAUUUUAAUAAGAGAGCGAAAUGCUGACAUGACACCAAGGUUGUUAAAAUUUUUACUACACCAACGAUGGGUUAAAUAUUUUAUCUUCUUUUAUAAUAAUAUUUAUAAUCAAAUUUUUACUCACUGAUUUUUUUUUUUAUUUAUACCAUUUUUCAUCAGCUUAAAGAAAUGUACAUUUGUAUCACUUUAUUAAAACUUAAAACAAAUUGAAUUAUAAUUUCAUAUUAUUAUUGGAACAUUAAAAAUUUUAUUUUUACGAGU